GUCCGCUACGCCAAGCUCUUCUCCUCGGUCCCUCCCAUGGCGCGCACAUUGGAGGCUUAGCGCUAACUCAGACCAUGUGGACCGCAGACGAGAUUGCGCGGCUGUGUUACGAGCACUACCGGACCAGGCUGCCCAAGCAGGGGAAGCCUGAGCCCAACCGUGAGUGGACGUUACUAGCAGCCGUGGUGAAGCUGCAGCCUGCCGCCGACCAGGCCUGCGACGGGGCUAGCAAACCGGCAGCGGUGACAAAGGAAGUUGUCUCGAUGGGAACAGGAACGAAGUGCAUAGGCCAGUCCAAAAUGAGGAAGAGCGGAGACAUCCUCAAUGAUAGCCAUGCUGAGGUCAUAGCCAGAAGGAGUUUCCAAAGGUACCUUCUCCAUCAGCUCCAUUUGGCGGCCUCCCUGAAGCAGGAUAGCAUUUUUGUCCCUGGAACUCAGAGAGGGCUGUGGAAACUCAGACCAGGCCUCUCGUUUGUGUUUUUCUCCAGCCAUACACCCUGUGGGGAUGCCUCCAUCAUUCCAAUGCUUGAGUUUGAAGAUCAGCCCUGCUGUCCCAUCAGUAGAUGCUGGGCCAGUAAACCAUCAGAAGCCACCACUGGUAACCCAGAAACUUCUGAAGAUGAAAAGAAAUGUGAAGACCUGAGUGGUCCUGUGACCAAAAGGUUGAGGCUUGAGAUUCCUGAUGGUGUGGCUCACUGUCAGAGUUUGGAGAAUCAGGAAUGUGGUCCAGUUCCACCAACUGUCAACAGCUCUAAUCUUACCACACAGGAACUGACCACUGUCACCGGAAUGGCCCCCAGUGGUGCCAAAGUGGUGGAUAUUUAUAGAACUGGAGCCAAAUGCGUGCCUGGAGAAGCUGGAGACUCGGGAAAGCCUGGUGCAGCAUAUCACCAGGUGGGGCUGCUGCGGGUGAAGCCAGGCCGGGGAGAUAGGACCUGCUCCAUGUCCUGCAGUGACAAGUUGGCACGGUGGAAUGUCCUCGGAUGCCAGGGGGCACUGUUGAUGCACCUUCUAGAAGAGCCUGUCUACUUGUCAGCCGUGGUCAUUGGGAGGUGCCCGUACAGCCAGGAGGCCAUGCAGAGAGCUCUGACUGGGAGGUGUCAGAACGUCUCAGCUUUACCCAAAGGCUUUGGAGUUCAAGAAGUGACGAUACGACAGUCGGGUUUACUGUUUGAGCAGAGCCGCAGUGCAGUGCAGGCAAAAAGGGCUGACAGCCCAGGCCGGUUUGUCCCUUGUGGUGCAGCCAUCAGCUGGAGUGCAGUUCCUGAGCAGCCUCUGGAUGUCACUGCCAAUGGCUUCCCACAGGGAACAACAAAGAAAGGAAUCAGGUGCCUUCAGGCCAGAUCUCGAAUCAGCAAAGUGGAACUCUUUAGAUCAUUUCAGAAACUGCUCCGCAGUAUUUCCGAGGACAAGUGGCCAGACUCCCUCAGGGCGCAGAAGCUAGAGACAUACCACGAGUACAAGGAGGCCGCGUCUACUUACCAGGAAGCCUGGAGUGCGCUCCGAAAGCAGGCCCUUGGAUCCUGGAUCAGAAAUCCCCCGGAUUAUCACCAGUUUAAAUAAGAAGGGCAAACUGCAAACGCUCCGGGAGCAGAGUUUUCCUGCUGCUCAACCUGGACGGCUGCUUCCUUUGUGCUGGACAAGCCUUUGCUUCUCUUGUGGCUGAGUCAGGAAAAAAAGCCUGCCAUCCGCCAGAGUGACAGAUCUCUUCUGUGUAAUAUGGACAGAAUUCUGGAACACAGAACUAUCUAUACUUGACUGAUGUAUCUCUCUCUGCUAAAACGUCAUCUUGCUGAUGCCCUUGGCCUCUGUCUUAACUUGUGUGUUUUUGCUUCUCUAAAAUAUGGAAUAAGAAUUUGGACUGUAACCUUUAAAGGUACAAUGCAGUAGCUCCACUUUGUGCAUUCCUACAUUGAUCUGGCAAGUAUUUCUCGAGUUGAGAUGCUGUUCGAACCUCUGCAAGUUUUAGAGCUCGCUUGGCAGAGUGGACAUAUGCCACUUCUUCUUUGGAUGGCCACCCUUUCCUGCUCUAUCCGUGGGGCUUGCUUGAAGCAAACCUCACUCCCCGGCUCUCAGAUUGUGAGGCAGCCCAGUACAAUCCCGGAACCACUGUCAGAGGGAGCAGGAAAGAUGCUCUCUCCUCUCAGAUCAGGCGCUCUAAGGGCCACGUCACCAUGGGACCAUCUGUGCCUGCCUUGGCCACCACCCAGAGGCAGCCGGCUUGAGCACAAAGGUAGUGCAACAGGAAACAACCAAAAUAAUCAGCUCUCAUGACCUCGUUCGGACGCCUGAAGCCAGUGCCCACCCUGGACGUCAAGUACGUGAGAUGGAUUCCUACGGCUGUUUCGGUGAAGCCUGUUUGAGUAGGUUGUCUGUGGCUUCAAAUGACAGAGUUCUGUUUAAAAGGCCAAAAGGCCACCCACAUAGCAAAUCAGCAGCAGACCUAGUCACUGAUCCCGUUUUAACAUUUAACUCUCAACCUCUCUGCUCCUUAAAUUAUUGAAGGAAAGGGAAGAUCUUCACGUCAGGAUCAUCCAAAGCCCUUCUCAAAGUUCUUUAGCAUCUUGAUAUAGCUUUUUUUUUUUUUUAAGAUUUUAUUUUUAAAUAGUCUCUACACCCAGUAUGGGGAUUGAACUCAUGACCCCAAGAUUAGAAGUCACACACUCCAGCCUGCCAGGCACCCUGUCAUUCUUGUAUAGCUUUAAAUGUUUUUAAUAACAGCUUUAUUGGGAUAUAAUUUAUUUUCCAUAAAAUUUGCCCACUGAAAGUAUACAAUUUAAGUGGCUUUUAGUGUAUCCACAGAGUUGUAGAACCAUCACCAUAAUUUGAGAACAUUUUUGUUCUUUAUUAGCGGUGGGGGGACCCUCAUCAGCCCAGUCUGGUCCCCGUUAGCAGGCACUCCUCAUUUUCAGUCCACCCCACUCUCACCCCAGCCCUAGUGCGACUAGUUUCUACUCUCUGUCUCUAGGGAUUUGUCUAUUCUGAACAUUCCAUGUAAAUGUGGUCAUACAAUACAUGAUCUUCUGUGACUGGCUUUUCAUGUAACAUAAUGUUUUCAAGAGUCAUGAUGUCAUAAGCAUGAAUCAGUAGCACAAGCACAAAUCGGUACUUUAUUCCUUUCUUUUAAUGUUUUAUUUAUUUUUGAGAGAGCACAAGCGGGAGAGGUGCAAAGAGAGAAGGGGA